CAGUGGCAUCUGGUCAAUAGGGGGCACUGCUCCACACCUCAUGGUACUGUUGUACUUUUUUAUUUUUUUAAAGGAACAUUUCCUUCAUUGUUUUUAAUCAUCUUAAACCGUUGUUUAGAAUAAACACGUGUUUGGGCUCCACGACAACAUGCCACCUGUAGAAUAUCUGCCUCCAUAUUUGUGACUCUCUGCUUGUGGGGCUGUGGAAAAAGUGCCCGUUCAACACAGCAGCUCAGCCAAUCAGACGUUGAAGGCUCUUAAGGCACCAGAAAUUAAUCCAAUCAGCACCUUAGAAUCCUUUCUGCAGUGCCCCAAGUUUGGUCAUGGAAACGCUUGCGACAGAGCUCCUUCCUGUGUAACGUACUGAGCCUACUGCCCUUGAUACCGACCCCGCCUGCCAUGUUUUUUUCUUCACCUGCCGCCACGGACACGUGUUUUUAGCUCAGCUGUGAUUCGCCUCACAGUUUCACUGUGUUGCUUUGUGAAGCCAUUCAGAAUCUGGAAAAGUGCCCGAGCUUUAUCACCUGCUACAGCCGAGCCAAACUGUGCUAUCAAAUCUGUAGCUUUAUACUGUCACAGAAAAUAUGGUUUGAUUACUCUGGGGUCGAAGAAUCGGCCUUGAGAUUGUGUUAAACACAUGCACGCGUGAGAAAAUGGCCACCUGGGCGAAUAGAGAGACAGUUCCCACUCACUUCCUUCAGUGAUGUACGAGCGUGAAGUCGGGCAACUUUAUCACAGUCAAACAGUAAAUCUGGAUUAUACAUUAACUGCGCAAUUUCGCUCUUAAUACUGAAUAAUCUAAUCUUGAAAUGUGGCCUCAUAAAGCACAGAGGAGCAUCAGAGGAGAACUUUGAAGUGAGGGACGUGAGAAGUGCAGGUGUGUGUGUGAGAGAGCGGACAAUUAUCUGGUGUAGUGUAUGUGUGCAUUUCCUCUUAAAUCAUCUGUCAGUCUCCAAAUGUUGUUGACAGGAAUAGUGUGCAAACACACCUGCGUAUAAAUGGGCAUUUUCUAACUUGAAUCGCCCUUUAAGAGUGUGUGCGCUCACCUCUGUGCCACUGUGCGGUCGGGAGCUCUGUGUGUGAGUGUGUGUGAGUGUGUGUGCGCUCGAGUGAGCGAGAGACAACGGUGGAGCAAGAGAGUGAGGAAAAGGAGCAGUUAAAGAGCUGAAUGGGCAACAGGGUGUCCCGCAGUGUGCGCUCUUCUCUGGCAACUUUACCCAAACCACAGGAUUCUUUUGAAGUUCUCAUGUGAGGUUCCGGCUUUGCUUUGCUGCUGCUGUUCCAUACUGAAAGAUUGAUGGACAGGACUUAGGUGCAGGAGCUUCUCCAUAGAGAUCCCUCACUCUCUGUAGCACCUUGUAAUAGCUGAACAAACCCACUACAAUCCUCUUUAGCUCUCAUCCUCUCUAGUCUCCAUCCCGUCUCUACUCCGUCUGUCCCCCUCAUGGGCAACGUCACCACGUCCCCUUGGUUGACACAGAGGAUCUUUCUUCACUUCUAACUGGCCUUAGACACACCAAACACAUCAGAAUGGAAACCACAGACAUGAUGAUGACCAGCAUGUUGAUGGACAGCAAUGAGCAGAAGGACAAAGAAGGCGAUGAGGUAACGGGAGGGAAGGUGGACAACGGCGAGGAGAACGGUCGGCUACUGGCAGAGAAAGGACGGAAGGGCGGCGACCAGCAGGUUUCUAACGGUUUCACAAAGUCCACUCUGGAGUCCACCCAGAAAAACGGCAACGGCGCUUCUUCUGCCGGGUUAGACUCUGGAGGGGGGCCCUCAGCCCCGGCGGGAGGAGCGAGGACUCUUGUCGUCCAGCAGACCGAGGUGGACCAUGAGAGGGAAACCUGGAGCAAACAGAUGGACUUCCUGCUCUCUGUGAUCGGCUACGCUGUCGACUUGGGGAACGUGUGGCGAUUCCCUUACAUCUGCUACCAGAACGGAGGAGGUGCCUUUUUGAUCCCCUACCUCUUGAUGGCGGUAUUCGGGGGCGUGCCCCUCUUUUACCUGGAGCUGGCGCUGGGCCAGUAUCACCGCAGUGGCUGUAUCUCCAUCUGGAAGUACAUCUGCCCCAUAUUCAAAGGUAUCGGUUAUGCCAUCUGCAUAUUGUGCCUCUACGUAUCCUUCUACUACAACACCAUCAUGGCCUGGGCCCUCUAUUACCUCUUCUCAUCUUUCCAGUCCACCCUCCCCUGGACCACCUGUAACAACACAUGGAACACUCCUUCCUGUCAUGAGUACUUGCACACUGACCUCAACGUCUCAUGGUCAAACGAAUCCACCUCGCCAGCGGAGGAGUUUUACCUACGGCAGGUGUUGCAGGUCCACCUGGCCUCUGGUCUGGAUGAGGUGGGCUCUGUCAGCUGGCAGUUGGCCCUCUGUCUGCUCUUACUCUUUACCAUCAUCUUCUUCACCAUCUCCAAGGGAGUCAAGACCUCUGGCAAGGUCGUCUGGGUCACAGCAACUUUUCCCUACCUGGUCAUCUUGGCGCUGCUCAUCCGUGGAGCCACUUUGCCUGGAGCUUGGAAGGGAGUGGUUUACUACCUUCGGCCUGACUGGGAUAAACUGCGCAGCAUUCCUGUGUGGAUCGACGCUGCUGCUCAGAUCUUCUUCUCUCUGGGUCCUGGCUUUGGUGUGCUCCUCGCCUUCGCCAGCUACAACCCUUUCCACAACAACUGUUACAGGGACGCCUUGAUCACCAGCUUUGUCAACUGCUCCACGAGUUUCGUGUCUGGGUUCGUGAUUUUCAGCGUGCUGGGUUACAUGGCUGAGAUGAGGAACCAGGAAGUGCACGAUGUCGCCAAGGAUUCAGGUCCAAGUCUGCUCUUCAUCAUCUUUGCCGAGGCUCUGUCGACGAUGCCGGCCGCCACGUUCUUCUCCAUCAUCUUCUUCCUCAUGAUUAUCAUGCUGGGCCUGGACAGCACGUUUGCAGGACUGGAGGGUUUAGUCACGGCCGUGUUGGACGAGUACCCACACAUCUUCGCACGCAGGCGACCGUGGUUCGUGUUUGGGCUGAUGAUCGUCGUCUUCCUCGGCUCCCAAACCACCAUCACAUAUGGUGGAGCCUACGUGAUAAAGCUGUUCGAGGAGUACGCCACAGGCCCCGCCGUCAUCACUGUGGUGCUGCUUGAAGUCAUCGCCGUGUCCUGGUUCUAUGGUACCAAGCGCUUCUGUGACAACUGCCACUACAUGCUGGGCUUCUACCCGGGUGUUUACUGGAGGAUCUGCUGGUUCGCCAUCUGCCCUGUUUUCCUGCUGUUCAUCAUCUGCAGCUUCCUGGCCUUCCCUCCUGACCUCAAGCUCUUUUACUACCAGUACCCCUACUGGUCCACUGUGGUGGGCUACUUCAUCGGCGUGUCCUCCUUCGCCUGUGUGCCCAUUUACAUGGUCUACUACUUGGUGGUGAAGACCAAGGGAACGCUGAAAGAGCGUUUGAAGAAGAGCAUCACACCAGAACCCAACCUGCGCACGCCUACUUCCACCCUCAUCCCCAACUCCGUUUGACCAAAGGUGAUCCACAGCGCCCUCAUCUGAGGACCGCACAACCCCAUGUCUUCAGUCCCUUCUGUUUUCUGUCAUGUGAAUUUCAAGAAAAAAAGAAUCUACGUAAUGGGAGUUACCUGAAGUGAGGCAGCAGUUCUGACCUCUCACAUCAGUCGAAUAUUUAAAUCCUCACUUCUUCUUUUAUUUAUGGACCUUUUAGUCCAAGCUUAUUAUUCCUUAACAUAUAUAAUGUAUUUAUUUUGCCUUAAAAAAAAAAGAAAACACUAUUUGUGUCAGAGACCUGGAAAAAGUUCCCAUCAUGAUUUCCAAGAGUCUCCUUCUUUCAUGUGAGUUGAAAUAAACCGUCAAUGUUUUUAUUUACUCAUGUGUAAAAUAUAAGUUAAGGAAACAUAGCUUAUAAGGGGAGCUUGUCAGACAGGAUGGAUCAUGGGAAAUGGAUUUUGGCUGACCUCAAUGAUCCUUCCGUUGCGGCCUUUGAAAGUGCCAAAGCACCUCAAGACCAUCUUCAUGCACUUCUCCUUUCUUCUGUCCAUCUAUUAACUUAUUUGUUCUGUUCGUAGCAAGAUUCAGGAAUUUUUUAUAUCUGUUACGGAAGCCAAAUCGACUCUGUUCGUAUUUUAUGAUACAUUUUUAUUUUGUGGAUGAGUUGACACUGUGAAGAUGUCUCUAUGACCUGUGUGUGUCUGUGUGUGUGUGUGUGUGUUAGAGACCAGAGGACAGACUGAGCCAGGUGUGCGUGUGUAUUUGUAGGUGUCUUUAUUCAACUGCAAUAGAAAAAAAAGCGUGUUAGCCUUUUUAAUUUUCCGCCACAUUCUAAGGUGUCUGACAGAUUUGGGAUGAUGUAGUGAGCCAUCGUAAGCCAUUGUUACAUCACUGUCAUGCAUAGAAACCAAAUAUAGAUGAGAACCAUUUCCUCGUCCUUCUUUUUUUUUUUCUUUGACCAAAAUGAGUGUGCGUCUGUGUCGAAGUAUAGCGGGCACUGUACAUCUCUAUAUGUAAUAGUCAGUCUGGUAUUGAUGUAAUAUAACCUACGGAUGCCUGCCCCGCUCCCAUGGAUGGGUGUGUGUUUGAGAAGAUGGUGAGAGGGCUGUAUAGCAGUUGUGUGUGACACUUUGUCUUGUUAACUGAAGGACGUAAACCCUCUCGCCUCUCUCUCCUGUAAAGUCUAUGUAAGUCAAUAAAAAAAGGCUGUAAGUAGAAUUACACCUGUAUAGACAAAAGAGAUCUAUCUAUAAAUAUAUAUAAAUAUAUGGCACAUAGAUGAAAAUGGUAUCUGGAA